AUGGCAAGAGUUAAUGCGGCAGUUCCUUCUGUGGAAAUUACAGAUUGGGGGGGCCCCAUUAGGGAAUCCUUGUUGCAAAUCCUAGAUGAGGGUGACAAAGCUAAUGGAGCUGCUCUAGGAGAGGAAAUUACAGAAGGAGCCCAAUCAAAUCUGAAAGAGAUCUCCACCAAGGGAAAGGAAAUUUCGGGCAGCACUAUUCUAAGGGGUCCAAUUUUAGAAGGUAUGCCCUCCAUCCCUAACCAUGCAAUUUCUUUGAAUUCAGAAAAGGAAGGGAGAGCUACUAGGGAGAUGGGGAAGAGGAGACUGUUGACUUCUUUUAAACCUCAACGUAUUGAAGUGCUUCCUAGCCAAAGCUCAAAUCAGAAGGGAAGUGAUAGUGGUCUGGCUUUUGGGGUGUAUGCUCUUAAUUCCCUAGAAGGUCGGAUGGAACUUUGGAGGGAGCUAACUGAUAUUGCUACAGGAGUGGUUGAACCGUGGGCUGUCAUGGGAGAUUUCAAUACGCUAAAGAAUGUGAAAUCUGAACUUAAAUGCUGGAAUAAGGAGAGCAUUAGAGAUGUCUUCAAAAAUGUUAAGGAUGCAGAACUCGAUCUUGGCCGAAUUCAACAUCACCUUUCCCUUGAUCCCCUUGAUGAUUCCCUUGCUGUCUUGGAAAAAGAAGCUAAAGGCAAGCUGUGGGCUGCAUUACAAAUGGAAGAAAGGUUUCUUAAAGAGAAAUCCAGGGUUAAUGGAGAGGAGAUUAGAAGAGUUGUGCUCAGUUUAAAAGACUCUAAAGCCCCAGGGCCUGAUGGUUUCGGGGCUGGCUUUUAUAAGCACUCUUGGGAGGUCAUUGGUGAGGAGCUAACGAAUGCUGUCCAAUGGUUCAUUGCGAAUUCCUUCAUGCCCCAUUCUAUUAAUGCUACUUUUAUCACUUUGGUGCCGAAGUAUGGGGAUGUCUCCACUUUUGCGGGGUUUUGGCCUAUUGCUUUAUGCAACCUCCUAUAUAAGAUCAUCACAAAAAUCCCCUCUAAUAGGAUCCAGCAUGUUAUUGGGAGUGUGGUUAGUCAUAAUCAGUCGGCAUUCAUCAAGGGCAGGUCUAUUGUUGACAAUAUCCUUGUCUGCCAUGAUAUUGUGCGUGGCAUCGAACAAAAAGCCACUAGUCCUACGGCAGUUUUGAAGGUAGAUCUUCACAAGGCCUAUGACUCUCUUAGUAGGAAAUUUUUGUUUGAUGUGAUGGGAAGAAUGGGGUUCUCCGACAAGUUUAUAGGGUGGGUGAAAGCUUGUGUGACCACCCCUAUGUUCUCUGUCCUUAUUAAUGGCAGCCCGGCGGGUUUCUUCGGUGGAGGGAGAGGGAUUCGACAAGGUGAUCCAUUGUCCCCCUACCUCUUCACCCUUGCAAUGGAGGCUUUUUCUGGAAUUAUGCGAAGGCUUGAGAUUGAUGGUCAGAUUAAGCUGCUACCCCGUUGUAAAUCGUUCCACCUUUCCCACAUCAUUUUUACGGAUGAUCUUAUGAUUUUUGUGAAGGGGAACCGUGAUUCGAUUUCAGCUAGUUUGGGGCGUCUUGAUGAGUUUGCUGCCCUCUCCGGGCUUCAACUUAAUAGAUCUAAGUCCUCUAUUAUAUUAGGGGGCCUUACCCAAGCUAGCAGUCUGGAACUUUUGGAUUUAACGGGUUUUUCGGAAACCAAGCUGCCUAUUCGGUACCUUGGAGUUCCUCUUGUGUCUGGCAGGUUAUCCAUGAAAGAUUGUAGCCCCAUCUUGGAUCUGGUUCGUCGAAAAUUGGAGGGGUGGAAGGCUAGAUUCCUCUCUUAUGCUGGUCAUCUUCAACUCUUAUCUUCAGUUCUGCAAGGUAGCUACAUUUACUGGGCAGGGAUCUUUGGCCUUCCAGGAAAUGUUGUCACCAAACUGGAGUCUAUGUUCUCUAAUUUCCUUUGGUCAGGCCCCUCCCUUGAGAGGAAAACCCAUUUUAUUUCUUGGGAUGCGGUCUGUAAGCCAAAAUCAGAGGGAGGGUUGGGAAUCAAGCGGGUCAAAGAAAUGAACAUUGCCGGAAUUACGAAGCAAAUUUGGUGGAUUUCCUCCAAGAAAGAUCGGCUUUGGGUUAAUUGGGUACAACAAAGAUACCUCAAGCAAGAGUCUCUUUGGACAGUCAAGGGUCUCAAUAACUGCUCUUGGGUCUGGCGUAAAGUCUUGAAGUACAAAGAUAAAGCCCUUCCCUUCAUCAAAACUAUUAUUGGGGAUGGGUCUACUACAAAGCUUUGGCUUGAUAAUUGGCACCCAUUUGGAGUUCUUGUGAGCAGAUUUGGUAAUAGGAUUUGCUAUGAUGCAGGCUCUUAUUCCCUUGCUGCCCGUCAUGCUUGUGUCAAGGAGAUUAUCCGUGAUGGAGAUUGGCACCCUGGUCCCUCUACAUCUUUCGAUCUCAUUGAUAUUUGGAGGGCCCUUCCAGCCAUUGAUAAAUUUCAUGAUGAGGUUUCGGAUUUGACAGUGUGGACUGGUAACUCUUCAGCCUGGAGAUGCCUUUCGGAUGCCCUCCCCACUAGGGACAACCUCAUUCAUAGACACAUUCCGACUCCUCAUCAUUGCGUGUUUUGUUGGGCUGGAACUGAAAGCAGGAAUCAUCUCUUCUUCGGGUGCCCUUUUACUACUGAUAUUUGGAAACAUAUUUAUGACCUUUGUUUCCAUGAUGGGGCCACUCCUAGCAAUGCCAUUGAUGCAGCCAUUUCGGUUAGAUAUGUUGCAGGUAGAGCAGGGAAAUUGGGGCUGGUCAUAAAGCUUGCUUUCUGUGCCACAAUCAAGCAUAUUUGGUCGGAGAGAAAUUACAGAAUUUUUAGAAACAAAAUCAGAUCUAAGGACCAGAUUGUAGGGGCUAUAAAGGGGGAUGUUAUUGGCAGAUUAUCUUCCAUUGACUUGGUGGGAGACCCUACUACUGCCGACCAUCAUAUUGCUGCCAAAUGGGAUCUUCAAGCAGGCUUUGGGGGUCUCAUUCGUGAUGAUAGUGGGGAUCCCUUAGCUGCCUUUGCUGGCAUAGGGGAAGAUCUUUCGGUGCUGUCCAUGGAGCUCAUGACUAUUUACAGAGGAAUUUCCCUCUGCGUUGAUAAGGGCUUUUAUGAUGUCUCUAUUAGGUCGGAUUCGAAGUUGGCCGUCGAUAUUUUGAAUGGAGUGAUUACUGGGCCUUGGCAAAUCCUAACUUUGAAAAGUAAGAUCCAAAUAAAGGCAAGGCUGCUUAGGUCUAAAGAAUUCAUUCAUGUGUGGAGAGAACAGAAUCAGCCUGCAGAUUUCAUGGCCUCCAUCCCUACAGACCCUUCUGGAAUUGGGAGCCUGAGUCCUUCCCUCCGGAGCUAG